GCCGGAAGUGACGCCACGGGGCGAGCGGCGCCGGAGCAGGGGCCUGCCGGAGCGGGGCGCGCGCAGCAUGGCGGAAGCGGAAGGGAGUUCGCCGCUCCUGUUGCCGCCGCCGCCACCCCCGCCCGGGAUGGCGGAAGUGGAGGUGCCGACGGCGGCCGAGACGGACAAGAAGCAGCUCAGCGGCUCGGGCAGCAGCGCCAUGGACGUGGACCGGAGCCGCUUCCCCUACUGCGUGGUGUGGACGCCCAUCCCGGUGCUCACGUGGUUUUUCCCCAUCAUCGGCCACAUGGGCAUCUGCACAUCCACAGGAGUCAUUCGGGACUUUGCAGGCCCCUACUUCGUCUCGGAAGACAACAUGGCCUUUGGGAAGCCUGCCAAGUACUGGAAGUUGGACCCUGCUCAGGUCUACGCUAGUGGGCCCAACGCAUGGGACACCGCCGUGCACGACGCCUCUGAGGAGUACAAGCACCGCAUGCACAGUCUCUGCUGUGACAACUGCCACUCACAUGUGGCGUUGGCCUUGAACCUGAUGCGCUAUAACAACAGCACCAACUGGAAUAUGGUGACGCUCUGCUUCUUCUGCCUGCUCUAUGGGAAGUACGUCAGUGUCGGGGCCUUCGUGAAGACCUGGCUGCCCUUCGUCCUCCUCCUGGGCAUCAUCCUAACUGUCAGCCUCGUCUUUAACCUUCGGUGAUGGCUGCCUCAUGGCCUGAACCCACCACACUCCUGAGGAAGCAGACGCCACCCCUUUUGGUUCCAGAUUCUUUCUCACCCCAAAAGGCAGGGAUGGGUUUGCUGGUUUUGACCCAGGGGUCUGGGCUGGAUGGGAUGGAAUAAGGGCUGAAGAUGAGCAUGGGGCGGGGGUGUUUGUUGUGUCUCACUGGUCACUAAGAAGCUCCCUGUCCCCUCCUUCCCAGGCUUGUGACCCCCGCCCUUGAGGCACCCUCUUUGUUCAUCUGUUGGAAAAGCCUUAGCUUCCCUCUGUAGCGUUGCUCCUGCCACUGCCUGCGGGGCUCCCUCUGCCUCAGCCCAGUGCCCGGUGGGGAGGGGAGCACAUUUGGACCACCGGACAAGGCAGCACAAGGGGCCAGAGCUGGAUUUGGAGCACAUCUGCCUGCCAGGGCUCUGGUCCCAGGGUGGGUGGAGGACACCGAGAAACCUUCAUAAGCUAAGCUGCUCUGGGACCUUGACUACUAGCCUCUAGAAUGGUCUAGUAGGGCUGGAUGGGCCCCCAAUCAGUUGUCUGCCAGAAGCUGCACCAGGGGCAGGUUGUGCCCUGUCUCCUGGUGUCCUCCAGCCCCUGCAGCCCCUGCUUCCUACUCUCCCUGGGCUUCCCGGCACUUGAGCCCAUCUCCCCCUGCAGUUUGGGGCCUGGGCUCCCCCAGUCUUCCUGGACAGGUAGCGUGAUGCUGACAUGUCCAGAGCGACCCCCUGUAGCCCAGAGCAAUGUAAACAGAACUGGGCUCCAGCCCCAGGUAUGGGCCUCGCAUCGGUGAGGGCACCCCGUGCAUCCAGGAUGUGGGGAGCCGUCAGAGCAGCCAGUGCCAUCAGGGAGCGGGAAGGGAGCCGUGUCCUCCCACCUGCCAUAGCUCCCCUUAUCUUCAAGCUGUAGAAAGGGCACGUGCUGCCCCUCACUCCCGCUCCAUGGAUUCCUUGUGUGGGGCUCCCUGGGCAGGGCAAUAAAGAGUUUGACUCCAGA